GUUACUUUACACAUAUUGCAAAAAAAAUAAUUAUUUUGAACAAAAAAUCCAACCUAUAAAUAUUCUAUACGAUGUUAAGUUUCACCAUAUGAUUUGUUUUCUCCUAAACCAGACACUAAAAGGUACCUACAUAACGCGUAAUACCAAAAAAAUGAAAUCAUUUAUAUUUUAUUAUCAAAAUUCGUUUUCGGUUUUUAUUUUAGUUGUGGCUUGUCUAUCAUUAAAGACUUGUGAUGGCAGACCAAACAGACACCCACGCUACGGAAAUAAAUUUGAAAGAGAACAACAUUUCAGAAAGAAUUGGAACAAAUCUCAUUUUUCAAGUUUCGAACAUAACCAUAAUCCAUAUAGCGGUCGGCUUACAGAGCCCAAUGAAUCUCCGAUAAUUUGGCCACCACAUGCCCAAAAAUUACCACAAGUAUGGUCGCCAAAAGAAGUAAUGACAUCUCCACCAACGGAAUUCCCUGAAGUACCUAAUGCCGGUUAUGAAAUGCCACUUAAAUCAAUGGCCAGUGAUACCAUGUACAAUCUUUGGUUGACCUCAAGAUACUUGAGAUUAAUGGCAGCAAACGCUUUGCAAAAUAUGAAUUCAUUCAAUAAUUUCGGUGCAAAACCAAUGAACCGUUUUAAUCAGCAAAUGUCAAGUGGAUUGUCUUCAGGUACACAACUAGAAUCAGCGGUGUCGCCAUUAUUGGCGUUUUUCAAUAAAAUAAUCGAACAACGACUAAAUCAUAAUUUAAGCUUAUUGAAUCAAGAUUCAGCAGAAAAAGAAGACGAAGUCGAGGUAACUUUAGAAACACCACAAUUAUUAUCUUCCACUGAAGGUAUUGAAUCACAAAUUCACACAAACCAUUCCAUUGAAAACACUACACCGCAAGAAAAAGUUAACGACAAUGGUCAUGUGGGUGACGAUUCAGAAAUGCAAAUUGAAGACGUAACAGAAGAAUUUGAGGAAGAUAAUGAAAAUGAAGUUAGUGGAGAAGAUCUACUACAACAGCAGCUGCUGCAAGGAACUAAUAAUAAUCAGGCGGAAAUACUAAAAACUCAAGGACAACAAGAAAAAAUUAAUAACAACGAACAUCUAGAUGAUGAUACAGAAAUUCAAGUAGAAGAUGUGUCUGAGGAAGUUGAGGAAGACGAUGAAAAUGAAUAUAGUAAAGAAGAUCAACUAAAACAGCAAUUACCGGAAAUCAAUAAAAACCAGACGGAGUUAUUAAAAACACAAAAUAAACAAGUAAAAAUAUAUCAAGCAAAAGAUCUUGAUAAUAUAAAUACAUCACCAACGAGUGCAACCAGUAAACCUAAAAGUAAUCUAACAACUAAUACAAUAAUAGUUUAACUUUGAUGUAAUUACAUAUUGAAAUACUACUACAUAAUACGACACACUACUACUAUGCAUACACAUAUUUAGAAAAUGAAAUGUUUUGAAAUUUUAAUUUUAGUAAAAUAUUAUGAAGUUAUAAUGUAUUCAUUUAUACUACAGUGAACUCUUGUAUACAAACAGUUUACUUAUUAUAAAAUUAAAAUAAAAGAAUUAGAAUUUAUUAAAUACUUCCUGCUAGUAAAGAGAGCAAAAUAAUAUGUCAAAUUACUGUUGUCAGUAUAAGCUGUCUGCUGUCACUAUACAGUUACUUUAAAGUUUUGAUAAAGUAGUAUUUUAAUUUAAUUUUAAAUUACUGAGUGUCAUUGGAUUCUUUUGCGUCUUAAUUUCAACAUUCCUUAUCGCAUCUAUGUAAAGUAUAAAUUUUACAUAAAAUCAGUAUGAAUCAAAAGUGUUAAAUAUUAUAAUCAUGGCUAAAGAGAAUAUUAUACGUAUUAUUGUUGUUGAAUAAA